AUGCCUUCGCAACAGCUGCCGCUGCUGGAUGCCCCGUGGCCGGCUCCUGGCGACCGGGUGCUUUUGUUGAAGAAGCGGUGGCUUGACAUGAUCGUGAGUGGGGAGAAGGUUGUUGAAGUGCGUGGGCAGCGCCUAAAGCCGGGACCUGCAUGGCUUGCCUGCGGGCCCUAUGUUUAUGCCAUUGUCGAAUUUGAUGCAGCGCAGCAGGCGCCAGAUCUUGCUACGUUUCAACAGCGUUGGCCUGAACAUCGCUUGGUUGCAGCUCAGUUGCCAUAUGCAACAACAUGGCUUUGGCCCAUCCUGUCUGUUCGCUCCUUGCCACGGCCUGUCGCUCGCAAAACGCGACCGGGCCCGGUCACGUGGGACAAGUUCGCCACUUGA